AUGGCUGAACAUGUUGUUGUUAUUAAUGUUCUUCUAUUACUUUUGAGCCAGAUAACAAUCUUAGAUCAGGAAAAAGAAAAAAGAAUCCAGCGAAAUGUCAUUUAUUUCCAGGAAUGCAUCCAGUACUAUCUAAAUCAUCAAUUUCAUUUCUAUUCUUAUAUAACGUCAACUAUCGCAACAGCCAAAGCUGGCUAUCCAAAGGUAUCGAAUAACUGUCAAGUUAAUCAAGAUCAUGAUUUAACCUUGCCUGAAGUACCUGGAUUAAAAUUUCAUCUUCCAGCUCAGUGUAUAACAACCGAAGCCGCCCUAACCAUGACUGUAUACUAUGCAGAUCCACCUUAUAAUCAAGGUUUACCAAUUCCGAAAGAUGCUGAUGGUAAACACUUUAUCCAGUUAUCGCCAAUCGUUUGCCUCGAGCCUGAUGGGUAUCAAUUUACCCCUAAUAGCACAAGGAAAGCUUUACUUCAAGUCCCCGUUCCAUAUAUCAACCAGAUAGUUACACUUAAGAAAAAUAACAACUUUAAUACCCCAAUAAAAAUCAUUUGUCGAAGCUAUGGAGGUGUGAAGUGGGAACAGCAAGAUGUAGAGUAUGAAUAUAGCCGCGAUAAAAAUGGAUAUUAUUGCCUUACUUUUGCAGUAAGCCAUUUCUCUGACUAUGUCGUCUAUUCCUACGUCAAAUCUACCAUUUAUUCAAUCCGCAAGUAUAUCUUUCCAUCUCACCAGCAACAAAUUAAAACGUUAGCUUUCCUAUCCGAAAUAGACACAAGUGAUGAUACCGUCCAUAUGAAAUUAAUCUUAUCUAAAAAAGAUGAAGAUGAAACUGCUAUCGUGUCAGCAUUCGAUCAGACAUUUAUUAGGAUACGUUUAGCUACGACUGGACUUGAAAAUACUAUUCUAGAUAAUGGUCUAUACUUCGCUAUAUUUGAGAAACGAGGUUUAGAUUAUCCUGAAGGUUAUUUAAAGCCAAAGAAAGUUAUCGAUAAAGCAGCUAUUGAUAUAGCUCAAAUCUUUCUACAGCCUCAAGACCAGAAGCAAGACACCAAUGAAAAGGCUUGCUACUUGAGGAGAGUAAAUUCCAACGAGCCCAACCCAUCAAAGCGGUCUGAUCCAGAAAAGCUGCCUGUUCUACCCACUAAAGAUCAUUCAGCAUUACCAGAUGAUCCUGGAAACUAUUUUCACUCGAUCGCUAGUUGUGUUGGUGUAGACUGGAUAAAAUUAGCAACAGUCCUAGAUCCAACGAUUGAUACUGAGGUUAUCGAAGCAAAACAUCGUGGCCAUACCUAUAACAGUGCUAUCCAAUUGCUUCAUCAGUGGUACAGAAGGAAAUACCCAGAAGCUACCCUUAUUCUAUUGCGAAACGCUUUGGAAACGAUUAACAGAAAUGAUAUUAUUAUCCCAAACGAACAAAAUUCCUAG